ACCAAUGCAGUUUGUACCGCAAUUUGUGGCUGAAGUUGGCCGUGGAAAUUGUUUUUAAAUAGAAAUAAACAAUCUUUAUAAAAAUGGAUGCUGUUGAAUUUAUUUGUUAAUAUUUGCUCAAGGAAGAAGUCCUGCAUGAUUACUGUCACUGUCGUCAGCAUGUUCAGCUGAGUUGUUGUGCAGUCAGUGAAUGAUUUGGUUGGUAGACACAACUCAACUUUGCCGUCUUUGGUCAUGUCCGGUCACAGCAGCAGCAGACGGCAUAUUUCGGCUGAGCCUGAGGAGACGAGCCCAGUCAGUGUGUAGUUUACGCGUGACAGAUAAGUCAACAUGGGUUCUGAAACAAGAGAUCAAAGUUCCGUGGAGUGUGAGGCAGGAGAGGUUUAUCUACUCAUGAAGGAAGAGUAUCGGAUCUCAAGGAAUAUCCGCGCCUCGUGGUUCUUUGGUAAUCUCAACAAAGAGAUCAAGGUUAAGUCAGGAGAAGACCUGAUCAACUCUGAUGAAGAGCUGGAUGUUAUAUCCAUUAUACCCAAAGUGAGCGUGGAUAAAAUUCCACCUGGUACUCCGAUACGGCAUAAGCUGGUUCCAAGCAGUCAUGUGACCUUCCUAGCCAGACGUUAUAGGCAUGUUAUUGUAAUGGAUCUAAGUCCGUCUAUGGCAACGGUGGAUAUUCAGUCUGGUCGUGUCUGUCUCCUAGACUUAUUUACUUGUAUUUGUAAUUGCUUGAAUGGACUCAUCAAACCGUUUACUGUACCUGGCAGCUCCUUACUUCUGUCACCCAAGAUCUACGUAACAGUCAUUGCAUACACACCACUGGCAUCACUCACAACACAACAGGUUUUAUUCCAAGGUUGUUUGUUGACGGAACACAACCUGCCCGCAUUCUUGGAUCAACUCCAGAAAGAACUUGAAGAGUUUGAAAAUAAACUUGUUGAAAAUAUGUUGGACACAAGAUUCAAUACCAGUUCAGACUCUACGUUCCUCGGGGAUCAUCACAUUGUAUUCGAUGACAUCAUCGACAAGAGUGAACGUGUCGCUCUGUCGUCACCGCAUAGACACAAUUCUGAAGGACAAGGGAUGGCAACUCCAGAAGCUUGCUUUGUUAACAUGCUAUGGUGUGGUAUUCUAGCACUGCAGUUGCUGCCAGAGAACACAAGUGCAGGAAUUAUCUGCGUUACUGAUGGAGUAACAGCAAUGCCUGAUGUAGCAUCUACAAACCAUCUCCUGACCCAGAUGAGGAAUUCCACAGUAGCCUGUUCAUUCAUCCAAGUAGGCAGAGGGUUCCAUCCCCAUUGUAGCUUCGGCUAUAUCCCUCACACUGAGAUCAUGCAGUUUAUGGCCACAGCAACCUUCGGUGCUUUUCUGUGCAAGUGUCCGGAAAUAGAUAUAUCCAGGAGAGAUAUGAAUCAGUAUCACAAAGCAUUUCUGUCUUGGAAUUUCCAGAAAGGACUGGAAGGUUUCAAGAUAGAUUACGUUAAAGGCAGACAACAUCAAGUCGUUUCACCUGAAGUUGGCGCUCAGUCAGAGGGAAUCCAGCCACCCUUUGCACUGAACAAGCAGGGACUGUGCACCAUUCCAUUGAUAAGGAAGAAGCAUAGAGAUUACAAGCUGCAUACCUGCCUGGCCAAUGUACUCUCUGUUAGACUACGAGAGGGAUACACCAUUAAAGAUGUGGCACUUACAAAAAAUGACAAACAGAUAGAAGUGAAACUAGCACUCCCCUGGAAAUACAACGGCAGGAUUGAAUACAUAGCCUCAUCUGCAUGGCCACUGAAUCCAAACAGGCAUUUGACCAAUGUUGAUGUGAUAAUGGAAGGGAGCUAUGAGUUUCUACUUGAUGUGACCUGCCCUAUGAAAAAGAGUCCACACAACCUUUACCGCGCUAAGGUCGUCACAAACUUCUGGCAAACAUUACAAAGCUUACAAGAGACAGACCAGCUCUUAGUUCAUCUCCAGUCUUUCUCAACGAACGCAAUCUUCUACAAAGUACCAGAAGGAAUCAAGAAGGGCAUCCCACUGCUCUACAUGCCUCCGUAUUCGGACACCCCGGUCCUGGCCCAGAAGUUUGACACAAAAGACUCGAGCUUGGAACAAUUUGCAGCUUUCUGGAAGAGGAUAGCUCUGAUGGAGCCCAAGAAAUGGCAGAGGUGGUUACACACGCACAAGAUUCCAUUGCUCUUAGUACCAGACAUGCCAUUGCCAAAGCAUCUCUACCUACCAAACAACAAUGGUCGCUAUAACAACAUCCAGUGUCGAGUUGCUCAGAAGGAACUUAACUCCCUCCUAACAGAGUUCAGUACGUUCACGUUGCUAGAGAACCACAGCUAUAUAACUCUCACUACUAAAGAUGCCAACAGUCCUCCCACAUCUUUCUACUUGAUCCGAAUCUUAUCUAAGGCGCCUUGUGUGGUCAUUAGACUAGCCUUCCUAGGCGGUACACCAGGUCAUGAGAGAAAUAAGAUUGUGAACAAGCUCCGGAAGAGACUACAAGAACUGACUGUACCAAUGAAGCAGACAUCUUACCUCAAGGCACCGACGACACAACGCAAGUCAGUCAUUGCUAAGAUGGCUCAAGCUGUCAAAGGGAAGCCAUCUCAAAUGGAGCAGAAACACACCAAGGAUAAACCCUGCAUAGUCAUCCUCGCUAGACCCAUAGAUAUUGUUCUCGUCAAAUAUGAACGAAUGCCACCUGAUUUUGCGGAUUUGAAGACAUCCAUCCAGGUGACCACAGGUUCGGUGCCAGUCUACAUGGACAGUAAAGGUCCUAGUAAGGACCUGAAUCGUCUUGCGUGUUACUUACACCAUCAUCGUUGGAUAUGGGAUGCUCAGAGUGAUCAUAGCACUCCACCUAUCUCCAUGGAAGCAGUCUCACAUGUCCUAUCAGUGCUUACUGAUUUGAGGCUGCAGGAAGGAUUUCAUUUCUCCUACUCUAACUCAGGGAUCAUCAGCUUUGUGGCUGAGCUCAAAAUGAAGAAUCCAAUCAAAUCCAGAAGCACAGAUCUCUUCCCUGGUUUCCAGCCACAUCCAUCAGCCAAACUAGAUGGUGGAGAGAGUACCAGUAAGCAGUCAGACCGUGUGCAACAUGGGGAGACAGACACGUCAACGGAUAACAGUAGGGAUGAUGUCUUCCCUUGCCUUGUGCAGUACAUUGUAUUCCCACCUCACACUGCCACCUAUUGUAGGGAUAGAGGAGUAGGAGGAUCUAAUCAUCCUGAUGUAGACAUCUUAGAUGACCAAGACACAGCGGAAGCAGACGGCCAGCUCCAACUGGUCACUGAAUGUUGGGUUGAACCACAGAGUGGAACGGUGUUUGAUGCUCCUGCAGAAAGGGACUAUUUCCAAAACUGCUGCUACAAAGACGUCCCUCAAGUGUUAUUUCCUUUAGAUCAGGAGGUCAUCUCAACCCUCUUGACCUUUGAGCAUCUUAAGGUCAUGUGUCACGACCCGGCUAUAUUGUCACCGUUUAUGACGCAGCAAUCGACAGACGCAGUAGGGGACACACUGAGGUUGAGUGAGUCCAUUACUCACCUACCAUUCAAGUUAGAAGUGUUGAAGUUACUACCUAGAUGUCAACAGGCUGAAAUCUUAUGCUCAAUGCUGAUUGAAGAAGAUUUACUAGAAAGUAACGCAACUGAGAGUCAACCGAGACCGCAGUUUCCCCGUUACCCAUCCCCUAACAACACACUGUAUUGCCUCCUGUUGAAUGCGCUGUCCAAGAUGUCAAAUCAUGAACUCACACUGUCCAAAGAGGAGAGUCUCAAUUUCACCAAGAUGGUCUUGUCAAGACAGCGUGACUUUGACAACCAACCUGCUCCCUUUAACCUCUCCGACUCAGACUAUGAGGCCCUCUUGAAAAGUGCAGCUCAAUGUGAAAAAGAGGAAGCAGGUCGCACAACAAGUCUAGCAACUGACCUCUCCGAUUCUCUAUCCAGUACCCAGCCAGAGGCUUGGCACCAGGCUAUGAGGGAAGUCCAAGCUCUACGAGAGAAUCCGGUUCCGCAGUGGGCAUGUUAUGUCAAGGAUACUGUGAGAGGUGGGGAACCAGACAAGGAUGCCAAACCCAGCUCACAUCUUGUGCUCACGUUCAUUCCCGCAAGCUAUGGUGACUUACAAAAGCUCAUGGACGUUGGACAGGUCAAAGGUGACGAUCCUAACCAAGUUGGUAACGAUACUGCUAAGACUGCAAGGCAUUCUGGGAAUGCAUCCCCCUCGACGCAUGAAGCAAACCAACCAAGUGAGCUUAAUAACUCUACAGAACACACUCAGAGUGACUCAAAUUGUGAAGCAACUGAUUCCGAUUCCAACCAGGACCCUGGUGAAUCAGACUUUAAACAUGGACUGACGCUGCCAAUAUAUGUCUAUGAUUGCUCCCUCUCCUCGAUCAAGCACCAACUCCUGAAACAUGAUGACCAUCUACCCCUCCAAGAUGUCUUCCAAGACCUGACCUUUGCUUCCCUGGAAGCCCAGAUUGAACACUUCAGCAGUUCUCGUCCCAGUACCCCAAGAGGAUCUCUCUCAAGACAUUCCUCCAAAUCUCAUCUGGAACCAAUGCCUGGAGCUCCUCACAACAGAUGCCUUAGCUCAGGUCAUCCCAGUAAACUUCUUGGACGGUUCUGCUCCCAACUGGGUGACAAAAUUAGCAAGUAUUUCGUCAUGGCCAUCUUCAAGAGUUUACAACGAGGGCAGUAUGUGGAUUGUCAUGAUGUACAGAUGGCCUUGGACUACAUCUGCACUGAAUCACUUCAUGAUAUUGAUAUUACACAUUUUCUACAUGCUGUUUGUGGACAUAUCAGAAAAUACAAUGAAAAGGUGAGUCUGGAGCAGCAAGCUAGCAACCUUCUCGCCAAGAAGAUUAAAUUUGCUGAUCAAGUUGAGUUUGAAGUCGAUGAAGAUGAAGUGGAUAAGGACGACCAGAUCAACAGGACCUGCACAAAAGUCAAAGCUUCCCCUAAACCUCAGAAGCCUUCCCUGUCUCGUCUCUCAAAGCAGUCCAUCAAAGUUCCGCUGUCUGAGCUCAUGUCCAGCGAACCCUGCCCUACAGGAACCAGCAGUCUGCACGAGAUCAUCCAGGACAAGUUCACGGAGGUUAUGGGUUACCAUUUCAAACCGGUCCCAUCCAAUCCAGACAUUUGGUACUACAGUCUGCAAGACAUUGAUGACAUUGAAAUGGAUGUAAUCUUUGAGGAAGAAGCGGAAGAUGAUAAAUUAGACGUUGAAGUGACAACAGCUCCAGAGGGUGAAGCAGACAAGUUACGAUUGAGAGUCAUGUCGGAGGAAAUCCCAUCAGAGCAAAUGAGCAUAACUAGUUAUACAACAGGAGAAGAGGAAAUCCCCAUUCCAGAGAAUAAAAUCAAUUCCAUCGUUGACGUCUACCAGUCGUCAUUACGGAGAGGCCAAAGGGACUCCGACAGAGGCAGUGAUUAUGAACAAAGCACCUCCACUGAAUCAAUUAUGGGUAGCUACGAAGAAGAGAUGACACCCCUCUUUGUUCACUUGGUAUGCUCCGUCAAGCUGAAGGAUAUUAUUGGCAAUAUGACACGAAGGACUAUACCAACAUGUUUAGGACACCUCAUUGACUGCCUUGAAAGUCCGCCAGAUGAAGAAAUUGACCCUGCCGACCUCUCUGUGACCCUUGACCUGAUCUGCUUGACGUUGCCCUCUGAGCUAGACAAUGAUGAAGAGGAGAUAGAUGAUGACUAUGCCGCUAGGAGGAGAGAGGUUUCCAUGACGGAGUCUUCCCCUCCUCAAUCUCCUGAUCUACAUGAGGAUAGUCCGUUCACAUCAACGAGUAGAGGAGAAAUCUCUGGACUGGAUGAGAUGGAUAAUGGCUGUUGUGAAAUCCUCGGCAGUCUCCCAGAGGAGCAGAUAAACGCCAUCCACAAAACGGAGGAUGAGAUCAAAUGGCUGCUCAAGGAUGAGAUGGCAUCUGCCAUGCAUCACAUUUUCCCGGUUACCGUGGAAACCCUAUACAUGGUAGCACGGCAUGUUAGGGACUCAUUUCAUGACAAGCCAUCUUGUAAAGCGACCGAGAUCCCUCUUCAGUUUGUCUUUGGUCCUGAGCAGAGCUUGGCUAAAUUCACAGAGGACCUGGAGAAGUUGGAUAUCCCAGGAUAUGAACUGAACAAGGUCGGCCAUUACUACCAUCUGAUGUAUAAUCAAACCCACGUAGAGAAUGCAAUGCGCAACCACGCCAUCCAGAGCGCCCUCGAGAACCUCGGAGAGCAAGAGCCUCAUCGAUUGAUGAAGGAUGCGUCAGCGUCAUUCACCACCAAGAAGGGGCGGUUCCCAUCUAUGACUGUCAUCUGUACUCCACCCUCACCAUGUAAAGCAGUCAGAGCUCAAACUGAUCAGGGUCUAAAAGGUCAUAGUGAGCUCAGUAAGAGUUCAAAGGUUACAGAAGAGGGCAGAACAGAUGAGGAGGUUUCUGGAAGCAGUGAUAGCUCCAUACAGGUGCUAUCAGAGGAGCAUGAUGUAGAGACACCAAGCGCUAGCACGGCUGACCUGAACGCACAACCAGAACAAAACAAUGCUGUUCAGAUCGUUCUAAGCAGCACACAUGCCUCUACUGAAGUGCAAAGUGGAGUAGAGCAACAAUUCCCACCAAUCAAGGAGGAAGAGGAUGCAGAAGAAGGCCUUCGAAGAAACAGUACAAGCUUUGUUGUUUUGUCGUCCACUAGUAACACUCUAGGAGAUGCACAAAUCCCAGAGUUGGACGAGGCCGAUGGUGUCAUUCAGACAGUAAGUGAGGUCUUCGGGGGAAAGGAAGCACUUAGUCAGAGCUCUGCUUCAAGCACUAGUACAACAAUCACAAUAAACAAAUCAGAUUCAGGAACUCUGCUUGAUGAGGAAGCUGAACCGCCCUCAGACAUUCCCAGCACGUCUCAAUCAACCUCAACGGAGGCCUCGGAGAACCUCAAGGAUGAACUGGCUCCUCAAGAAGGUAGUUCAACUCUUACUACCAGCCUGGAGAGAUUAUCUAGUCAUAGUUCAGAAUCUGAUGUUGCUGUUCAGGGUAAAAGAUUCACGUUAGCGUCAAGUGGACCUCCUAGCUCUCAGAUCAGCUACACUGGAAGUCUGAAUGAUAACGAUGAUGAAGAAGGAUAUGAAGGAGGGUCGAGUGACCUGGAACCGGAUGAUUCCCAAGAGCUGAUCAAUGAGCAGACAAGACGUCGACAUCUUAUGCCUGAUUUCUGGCUCAUCUUAAGAAUACAUACAGACAAAGUGGAGACAUUCUUCCAUUCAAGAGAUCCGAGUGAAUCUGAUGGUGAGAUUGGUGAGCAGCUCUAUCAGCGAGUUAUUGAGGCAAUCAGAAGUACAUGCAGAAUCGUCAAUCAGAGGCUAUUGCUGCAAGAUCUUAACAAGACGCGCUCCUGCAAGUCCAUCCUCUUUGGGGAGAGUGAGGAAGACAUUUGGCAAAGUGAUGAUCCAGUCCGCUCUAGGGUGAACAAGCCAUCUCUGGAUGAUGAUGGGAAUGACGUUGACAUUGCUCAGAAAGGUUACCUGUUUGCUGCGAUGACCUUUGAAGCGGGCCAUUUUGCCUGUGAUCCUGUGUGGUAUACACACUUCCCUAUUCACUCUAGGCUAUACACUGGACAUAGAGGAAGCAUGGCCUCAACAGGUAUGCAGGCCUUAGUCUCAGCACUAAGUGCCUUCGCUGUUCUUAACCGUAGGAAUAUGUUUGUCUUUAGAGAGAAGUCCCAGGCUGUCUUCUAUCUCAGGUUGUUUGAGAGCACUGUAGUAAGUCACUCGUCUACAGUGUCCAGAGUGAGUUCAACCACCGAUACAGGACACCAACAAGAGCCUGGUUCCCAACCCAUGAGUCGAGCUCCAUCCAUACAGUCUCUGAACACACUGACCAUGGGAUCAGUGUUUGAGGAUGAGGCUUCAGUGAGUCACUCUCCCGAUCCAAGACGAUACAGUGUCGCAGACUCUGGUAUCGAUACAAUGUCUACCCUGUCUAGAGCAACUGGACCAGGGCGGACUGAGCACACCAUCAAGCUAGAGGUUCAUGGUGUAGAUCCUCCUGGGCUGGAGGUCAGAGAAGACUUAGUGAAGUUACUCACCAACCGACUCGCUGAGUCUACUCUUGAUGCUAUUACACUCAUGCUGAAUAGGAAUCCAAUGUGUAAGCUAACACCAAGUGAUGUACAGUUCAUUCAGCCUCCAUUGAAGCCCCCUACAGAGACUGUACACUUCAAGAUUCCACAGUCAGCCAUGCAACAUCUCUACUCUCUAGCCUUCUAUCUCGGUCAGAAUCUCAGGCAGUUUCUCCACACGCCCAAGUACAGCAGCAACAGAUCGGAAGAUCAUUUCCAAGACCGUACUGUGGCUGGUACCGAGAGAGACAAAGGGAUUGAGCUCCCGGAUAACGAAGUUUAUCUGUACAACCGUCACCAGAGGGCAGGACGCACAGGGAUUGGUCUUGCCUGUAUUUCUAUGGGUUUAGUGGAUGGCCGUGGUAACCCAGUCACCAUACUCAGCUGCCCAAGACCUUCUCCAAUGGCUCAUAUUAAUCAUCUAGACACCGGAGAGUUUGUCGCCCUCACACACACUGAGAGGUAUUAUGCAAAUCUUGAGUCACCUAAGAAACCAGGGCCCACAGCUCUGAUUCAAUUCCUCAUCUGGCAACGAGGUAACGUGGAUCUUCCGCACCUGACAAACCGCCUCAUGAGGGCAGUACAACACUCCCUUUGUGAUGUGAUGAUGGAGUAUAGGAUCCUGACCGCACCCAUGGGUGUGGUCUCCCAGGAUUGCAUCCAAGGCCUCACCCCAUUUGCAUCUCCGUUUAAGGGUGUAGAGAGGAAUGGGAAUAACCCAAUGGACAUUGUCCCUUCCAAGGGAGUCAGACAACUCUUUAGGGAUUCAAGCGAAGAGAAGAGGGACAAAGACCAAUCAUCACCAGUCAGCAUCAAGCACUAUCCAAAGUCAGCUAAUAUUCCGCCAGUGCAUUCCUCAUCGUCCCAAAGCCAAGGAAAGUCCUCUGGCUCAUUUUCUCCACCUGCUUUGACGAAAUGGCUCAAGCGUUCUCAUUCUGUCUCAUCGUCGGGAGCAAACACUAUUGAGAGUUCCUCCCGCAUCCGCAAACAGCUGAGUCUGGAACAGAAGGAGGAUCGGGGUUGCUCAUCGGGAUCUCAACCUUCCACCCCGGUCAAGAGUAAAAAUAAAGACCCGAGUCCAAGGAGGAAGGAUAGCAGUCACAUGCCAGGUUGGCAGGCCCAGGAGUUAGAGAGACGACAAGAUGAAGCUAUGAGAGAGAGGCAGCGAGAGGCUGAAGAGGGAAAGAUUGGCGUCUUACAUCACUUCUUUCAAGAUGUUGCCCACACCUGGAUGGACUUUGAACACAGCCUGGAUGUGUCAACCGUCCAGAAACUGACGGAAGAGCUUACAAGUCGUUUUUCUCUUGAUGCCGUAAUUAAUGAAUUCCUGACCAAGUUGACGACUAUUUGCUCUGACCUGACCACAAAAGUCUACAAGAAAGAGGGAGAUGCUUACCAAUUGUGGAGCAGUGUAGAUCCCAAGGAGAGUAAAUCACAAGAGAAACUUCAGCAAGACAAGACAGCCACAAGCAAAAAUAGACCAGGCAGGCUGUUACCAGGCAAAUCAGAGAAUUACAUCUUGAUUGGUCGUAACAUCCACCAAUGGCGUUAUAGCUUAGAUUGCCCUGCACCAAAAGAUCUGGUAGAUGGGCCAUCAAUGGUCAACCCAUCAACUCAUAAAAGUUAUCAACGCUUCAAACCCCUUGACGUGAACAGCUAUGGGUCAUCAGAGAAAUACAGCGACAGGGAUGUGAGCCCCCUGACCAGCUUGAUAGGAAGGUCACAGGGGCUUCAUCUAGUACCCAGACAGCGACUGUUCCUUAUGCAGAUCAUUGACAAGAAGGUAAGAUUGUCCAUGCCCUCCCCUCCCCACCACCUUGAGAUUUAG